GUAAUAUAUCGAAAUGUUGGCAUUACCUUUACGUACGUAUAACCUUUCUCCCUUUAGCGAGCUUAGAAUUGUGACCAGUGGUAGCUAUGGAGGCGUUUCAGUACCGCCGACUAUUAAGCUACUCAAUACUUCCGUAAUUGGACAUGGAGUCAUGCAAAAUAUUAACGCAGCAGCUGAAAUUUACGGGAAGGAGCUGGUACCUGAAGUGGAAUAUAUCCUAGAAGAAGGAGAAAAGGUAGCAGUUUUUACGUGGACUGGCUGUUCUUUGCAAGUUAAAGGAAAUGUCGAGCAGGAAUAUGAAGGAUCUGAUCAUGCUAUGAAAGAAUACCUCAAUGUCGCACAUGUUCUAGAUGCAGAACGUGAAUUGGCGUCAGUUAGACGAUUACAGGGUCCUAGGAUUUUAAUCACAGGAGCCCCUUCCAGCGGAAAGUCUACAGCUGCAAUGAUUUUAUGUCAUUAUGCCGUCCGUAGUGGAUGGACGCCCAUAUUUAUUGAGGCAGAUCCUAGAGGUUCUACUGAUAGACGACAAAUACAAUUUUUUCCCGGAGUCAUCGGGGCAACAGUUAUCAGUGGUACUACUGAAGAGAAGCCGAAAAAUCCGCUAGUUUACCAAUAUGGUUAUUUAAAUGCACAAGAAAAUGAUAAAUUAUACUUAAGAAUAUCGCAAGUAAUGGCAGCAAUGCUAGACACCAUGACAGAAAGAUCGUCUGCAACUCAACCUCAAAGCAGGAGAUCAGAUGAAGUAACUGACAUGGGCAAAUAUAUCGCAGCGUCAGGAAUGUUUGUUAAUGCACCGCAUUCAGCCAAUAAAGACCUCAUACUCAAGCUUGUUAAAAUAUAUAAUAUCUCAUUAGUGCUCGUCAUUGACAGUCCUUCUGUACAUCAGGAUUUGGUGCGUACCUAUGCAACUAUGAAAGAUGCAGCAAGAGGUUCCCAGGUUGCCAGUGUAACAGGAGAGUUAUUAUCCUCAAAUGUUAUCGGUAAUUUGGCAUUCCAGGAGCAGACUAUGAUUGGUAAUUAUAUGAACGACAAUGAUGAUUCAGUAUGUAUCAAAGGUGAUACUGAGAAUGACGAUACAAAGCAUCCUGUAGUAUUAGCUAUCAACAAGCUUGAGGGUGUGGUACCGGUUGACCAUGAGAGGUUAAAAUAUUUGCAUGAUAAGUGCUGGAGGUAUUAUUUCGAACGAACGAACAAAGGUGAAAUGCACAUUAUACGUUUCAAAAUGGACGAUGUACAACUUGUAGUGGUUGAGUCGUGCAUAGGGUUGUCUAAUGAUGCACUACCGCAGGACGAAGCAGGGUCAUUGCAAAUGAAUGAGACAUAUGCUGCUACUUGGAAUGGAGAUGCUGUAUCGCUUACAAGAUCGAUUUUGGGAAUCCCUGCCACCUCUGAUCUUUCUCUAAUACCAUACUCCAAUAUCCUUGGAUUUUUUUAUGUACGAUCUGUCGAGGCUUUAAUAAUAGAACCAACAGCAGAAAAUGGAAAGGCGGAUAACGAAGGCUUAGAGGAUGAUGCGGCUAUCAAAUAUCUGGUUGAGGCCGUAUGCCCAGUUAUAUAUUCACCAUCUUCUCUGCCGUCUCACCUAUUAGUCCCAGGAAGUACAAGAGCUAUGAAAUGGCAAACAUUAUGAUUUUUAUGAU